UCCUAAUUCUUGCCUCUUUGUCUCCCAGGUUAUCCCCGCUUCUCCACCUUCCUACCCAUGAGCCACUUGGACCACGGGAACGGCAAUGUUCUGUACGGACAGCACCGCUUCUACGAAUCCCAAAAAGAUAACUUCUAUUUGCGGAAUCUCCCACCACAACCCACGCUCCUGUCGGCCAACCACAACUUCCCCAGCAUCGCCCGGGCUGCUCCGGGCCACCCCAUUGGCUCCUGCAGUCGGGACCGAGAGAACAGCCACCUCCAUAAGGGCUCGAAGGACAAUGACCGAUAUAUGGGGGACAUGAACAAGGACAAGGUGGGCAAAGGGGACCUGAAAGAUCGGCACUUGGAGGACGAAGGCAAGGAAAGGCAGAAGGCGGUGCUGCCCAUGACCAUGGACAGCCACUGCAAGGAGGACAUGCAUCAGAGAGGAUCGUGUGAGAACAGGACCAAGCAUUUAAAUUCUUGCCUGAUGACCUCAAAGGUGCUAAAUGGGGACCCCAGCAAAGCGUUGUUGUCGAGCUGCACCGUUGGGGCAGGAAUGCCUCGCCAAGGUGGCCAGAAUCGAUGUGCCAAAGAAGUCAUGAGGUCGGACCGAUCGUAUCCCCAACACGAGCCUCAGCAACCUUACAGCGAGUGCCUAGAGAGGAGGCAAAUGCUUCACCAUUCUGUGUCCUACACUGUCCCAUCCAGUCUCCCCAGCAUUCCUGCCCCGCUGAACACCUCCACCAGCUCCUUCCCCUGUCUGCAGCUUCAUUCCAACUCGGACGUUGUGUGCUCCCUGCAGGAUAAGUCCGGCAGGGAGCUCAAGAUGGGCAGGCCCACAUUUGUGCCUUCCGUGGGGCACUUCACCGACAAAAGCCGGCCUUUUCAGGUGACCCCGGAGGGCUGCCAUUUAGACAGAGCAGGAGAAGGGAAGGACAAGGGCCACGAAAUGAACACUGACCCCCACCCUCCCUCCUCUGGGUCCUACAUGAACACAUUCUCCCACUUAAAGGCCGAGGCCAAAGGGGAGAGGAGGCUGGAAUGGCCGCAGAACACAGCCGUCAGGAUCAAAAAUUUGGAGUUCUUAAAUAGCGGAGGUUCAGAGACUGCUAUGCAGAGGAGCAUUGAAAAGGCUGCGUACUUAGAGAUGCCGACUUCCCAAGACUGUCCUCGUCCCAACAACCAGGAUUCCCACUGCAUAAAAACUAGCCAGUCCUGCUGCACUUUAGACAGGCCUAUCAAGGACUCCCAGGUGCACAGCUCCCAAAAAGUGGCCCGGAUACGGCACCAGCAGCACCGGCCGUCUGAAGGGGAGCAAACGGGAGGCAACCAAGAAGGAAAGAGGAAAACCAUCGACCUCAGCUCCUUGGGCUACAACGGACCUCACCUGCCGCCGUGGACGGAGCCAUCAAUUUCCAUCGGUGAAGACAGGAAGAACUCUUACCUAGAUCCCUUCAGCACAAGUUUACAACAGGCCGCGCUCAUGACUCCUGGCCCCACGUUGACCCAGGAGAUGCAAGGGCCUACAGACGAGGUGUCCGCCAUGAAAAACCUGCUCAAAUACAGCAACCAAGCACUUAUCGUGGGGCAGCGGACCCCCUUUGUGGGUUUGGGGAACAUGAAGACCAGCUGCUCUCAUCAAGAAAACAAGUUCCACGGCAACAACAAGUGCCAGCCCGAGCAAGAAAGGAUGGAUUGUGCCAGGAGUCGGGAGAACGAGACCUCUCACGGGGAAGGCGAAGUCCGGCAGCCGCCAGUUGGCAUCGCUGUGGCUGUAGCGCGGCAGAAAGACAACAGCGGUCGUCAUGAGUCAGCUUAUGGGACCGGGUCAAGUCGACAAAACAGGAAUAACAUGGGACAGAAAGGUUCUGGCCGACCCAUGCAUGUCAUUGACCUGGAUGCCGAAGAAGAACGGAGCCGAAUGUGUGAUGAGAGGCUGGGAAUCCCGGGAAGAGACCUCCUAAUGCAGGAAAACAAGGACCUGGUGGAAUUUGCCAGGAUUCAUCCUUCUAGCGGCUGUCCAGGAGACUUAACACCUCAUCUUAUGAUAGCGGGAGGCGCAAGCCAGCUAGGAGCCGAUCCUACACCGCAUACGCAUCCCACCCACCCGCACUGGCUGCCCAGAACAAGGAGCCCAUCCAUCUGGAUGGGCGGCCAUUCUUAUGGUAUUAGUCACCCUGCUCUGCACCAGAAUCUGCCCCCUGGAUUCCCCCCUUCCAUGUCUAGUGCCAUGCAACCAGUGUUCCCCCUAUCGCAAGAACCUCCCGCCCAGCUGGUAAUACUACCUCCAGAGCCCUCUCCCCAUCCUGCUCCGCACUCCCUUGCUGAUGUCAUGGAUCAGGCAUCUCUAUGGCCACCUAUGUACCCUGGCCGAGCACCCACCUCGCACCUCCAGCACCCCGGCCAGCUCCCGGUCUACUCCCGAUCGCAGUUUUUUUAAGGCAACAAGAGCUGUAUGCCCUGCAACAACAGAGGGCAGCGCAGGCUCUGGAGCUUCAGAGGCAAACCCACCUCCAGCGGAAGCCUGAGGACCACCUGCCAGAAACGGAAGACCAUCCAGAAAAGGCCAUGAAGCCGCACAGUAAAGCAGACGCCUUAAACUCUUCAAAGACUCCACCCAGCCUGCUGCUGCCACCCCCUUCUGCACCCGCACCACCCAAGCUGUCCCCUUGCUCCCAUUCGCCCAACCUUCGGCCUCCGUCCAAAUGCCCGACACCCCGGCCACUGGCCCCAUGCACUUUACCGGCCUGCCCAGAUGGCAGCUCCGCCUUGGUGCCCAGCUCUCCGGCUGUCAGUCCUGUGCCCGUUCAAAGCUCCAAAGGGAAAGAGGGAGAGGACAGGAGGGGAGAGGGGCAACCCCCAGAGACUAUCCCAAAUCACUGGAACCAGAUCUGCCUCCCGGAUACACCUAUCCAGAUGUUGUCCAGUCCUAUACCUCUCCGUCUCCCCACCACGUGCACUCCGCGGACCCCGCUGACACCGAAACUAUGCAAACGGCAUCCACGGCGGCGGAACCCGAGCAGUCCAGAACGUUUACACCCUCCAAAAAAUCCCCCUGCAGCACACCCAUCGUAGAGGACCCGCUGGAGGCCAGCGACGACUUGCCCCGUUUAGGGGAGACGGACCUGAGUGAGCUAUGUAGCCAAGAAACCCCGGCCCCCAAGACCCCGACUGCUCCGCUGCCGCCAUUGGUGAGAGCCUGGACCAGCCUAAGGAGGACAUAGAGGAGGAGGAACAAGUGGAAUCCGAAAACGCCUUGGUGGAGGAGAUGAGGGGGCCCGACGAUGGUUGUGGCUUUCAGGACGCAUCGGAGGAACAGUUGCCAAAUAUUUCAGAGGGGUCACCCGCUGCCCCCAUUGCCGAGGAGGACGGGAAGGGCGAUGAUGUGGAUCAGGCAUUGUUACAGGAUGUGGCAAAAGAUUUGGAGACGGGAGAAAACUCAGGUGGAGGAGGAGGAGCUAUUCACAUCUACCGCACCUUGUUCACCGGCGGUCAGCGACCACCAGGAGCCCCUCUACAACCUGGAAAGUCUGAUAGCAGCCAGUAUCUCCCUGGGGGAUCUGCCCUCAGAGGAGGACGAGGGCUCCUUCUUUCCGGCCCACACGUCCUCCGUACCCUCCAGCUCAGGGAUCCAUGGGAUUGCUCUACUCAGCGAGCUCGCCGACCUGGCGCUACAGGACCAGACAAAA